GACAUCAGCGACCACGAGAACCUCAUGAGCAAGCUCAAGGGCACGAAGUCCUUCCUUUCUGCCCCGGAGUCCAGCUGCGAGAGGGCCCUAGUCGCCAACGUGGACAUCUUGGCCAUCUUCAUCGACAUUCCCCCGGAGAACGAGUCGAAGUCGAGGGGCAAGGUCGUCCGGGUGAGGAGGGUCGACGCAAUCGAGUACGUCCUCGACCGCUGCGUGAAGUCUGCCACAGUGAAGAUGACCGACGGCAGCAUUCGCAGCGAAGCGAAGUCGAUAAGUCGAUUAUUGACAUAUCACAAACGCUUGGCAGAGAGGAGUGCUCACCAACGGCAUCCGGCGGUUCAGCACCUCACAGCCGAGCUGCUGGAGAAAUGCGAGUUUUUCCACAGACGGCCUCAACCCUUGGUCGAUGAUGAUGCGGAAUCACUAGCGGCAGUCGAGGACACGCCGCCGGUCGUCCAGGAAGAGGAGCAGGUAGUCGCCCAGUUAGUGGACCAGGUGAGCGGCAAGACCCUGUUCUCCCACAAAUCAGAGUCGGAGGACCAGCUCGUGGCCAUCUCCAACGAAAUCGUCACCAAACUCGACAAGGACCCCACCUUGCUGCCUGCCGACUUGCGGUAUUACGCGAAGGAGAAACUGGCUGACUUGGACUACGGCAGCAGGAUGGAGUCGGAGUCAUUGGCCGACGGCGGAGCCAGAAGUGACUCGGAGUCGUUGGCAGAGGGUGUUCCUGAAGGUCGCAGGUGA